AUGGAGGGGUCGUUCGAGUCGUACAAGGAGAAGGUGCUGCUGGGCGACGUGGCGUGGGACACGUACGUGACGGCGAAGCUGAUCACGGGCACGGACUUCCAGCUGCUGCGACGCUACGACCACCGCUCCAAGGAGGUCCAGGCCGCGCUGCUCGAAGAGAACGGCGUCGGAUACGUGCGCACGUUUAUAUCCGUACUGAAGAAUGUCUUUAAAGAGGAGACCGUGGAGUACACUAUCGCCCUCAUCGACGAGCUGUUAACAAGGGACAAGAAGAGGGCGCGCUUGUUCCAUGACCCAUCCAUAACGGACGAUGUCUAUGCGCCCUUCAUCAGAUUGCUGGGGCACACCAACUGGUUCCCCUUUAACGCCUGGCUCUGCCACCAGCUGACUCGCCCGGUGCACCCGGUGCGGGCGGUGCCAGCAGCCAUAACAGCGCUCGCCACCACACUGAGGGACGUGUCGGCUCGAUCCAUCUUUGCCAAGGCGGAUGGCGUGCGCCUGCUGCUGCCCUACAUUGCACCCGUGGCUGGCCAGAACCAGAUGCAGCUGCUGUACGAGGCUGUGCUGUGCCUUUGGCUGCUCUCCUUCCACGAGCCCUCCCUGGAGGCCAUUCGCCAGGCGCGUGUGCUGCCACGCCUCAUUGACGUCGCCAAGAGCUCUGCAAAAGAGAAGAUAGUGCGGGUGGCAGUGCUCACUUUGAGCAACCUGAUGACCCGUGGGCACCUGGGUGCGUCCAUGGUGGAGCUGGGGCUGCCCAAGGUCGUGCAGAGCCUCAAGCUGCACGCGUGGCACGACGAGGACCUGAAGGAGGCACUAGAGGCCCUGGACGUGGGGUUGAGGCACAACCUGCGAGUGAUGAGCUCGUUUGAUAAGUACCGCCAGGAGGUGCUCUCUGGCUCGCUCGACUGGACGCCCAUGCACAAGGACGCCGCCUUCUGGCGCGAGAAUGUCAUGCACUUCGAGGAUAAUGACUUCCAGGUACUGCGAGCUCUCGUCGCCUUGCUCGACACGAGCCACGAGCCCCGCACGCUGGCAGUGGCGUGUCACGACCUGGGGCAGUUCAUCACGUAUCACCCAGCGGGGCGGGGAGUGGCGCACGACAUGAAGGGCAAGGAGCGGGUGCUGCGUCUGCUGGACAAUGCCGACCCGGAGGUGCGCAAGCAGGCCCUGCUGGCCGUGCAGAAGCUGCUGCUGUCGGCGAAAUAUGUCUCGUACCUGCAGUGA